CAUUGGAUUUAGGUUAAAAGUGGAAAAAAAUACGAAAUUCUCUUAAAUUGUUGACUUUGCUAAUCCAAUCAGUUUUCCACAUUGAUUCUACCUCAUCACAUGGCAUUUUUUGGUUUAAAUGACAUGGAAACAACGUUGAUUGAAGCAGUUUUUGCUCAGUGGGAAACUAUAAUUCCUGCUCUCCAGGGUAUGUGCGAUUAUUGAGGGAGGCUGAGACGGACGGGAGGGGGAGAAGAAAGGGAGUUUAUGAGAUGAGAGAUAGUUAGGUAAGUGACGGAGAGAGAGAUGAUGUUGAAACGCUAAUUUAAUUUCCCCAUUCAAAGACGCACCGACGGCUCUCGGGGGGGGGUAUCCAACUCGACCACCGACGGAGCGGUAGCCUAUAGCCCGCAUUCCGAAUCCUCGACCUAGGCAACGGCGAGAGAGGCUAGAGGGGAGGAAAGAGAGAGAUGGGAUCAGCUUCGUCGGUGAACCGAGUAAUCUACCUGGACGUCGAUGGCAGAAUUCAGAAGGUGGUCUUCAGCAGAUUCUGCAGCCGGUACGAUAUCAGAGAGUUAUUUUGCACCGCUCUGGGUAUCCCAAGAGAGAGUGUCCCUGCUUUGUCUGUUUUGGACAGGAACACCACCAUGUCUCUGCUGGACUCCACAGGAGCCAUGGUGUCCAUCGACCCCACCAUGCCACACAACACCGAGAGGUCACCGUACAGCAUGGUGCCCCUGACUGGUGGACAGCUAGCUGGUGAGUCCUAGUGGGCCAGGGGUUUUCACACGCUGGCUACGCAAAUAGACACACAUGGCUGACAAGCACAUACCAAAUUAGCAUAUAUUUUUUUUAUUUAACUCGGCAAGUCAGUUAAGAACAAAUUCUUA